AUGGCUCCCGAACGCAUCGAUUCGUCUCGCAAGCGCCCCAAUCGCCUGGAGGAAGCUAUCACCAACCCCGGCGCUGUCAAGAUCAACGUCAAGGGCGCUUUCAUUGUCGACGACGAGCCACGAUCCCGGAGUCCCGUCGAAGCAGAGGGUGUACACUAUGAGAAUAAGGAUAUCCGACUUCCGCACCACACCGGCGUGGUGAGCCAUGUGGCUGUCGAUAGAGAGAGACCAAGGCUGACGGACGGGGUGGUACAGAUUGGCGGAACACUGGCGAAGCUUGUAUAUUUUACGCGAGAGCUGAACUCGGAGGAUAAUGGCGGCCGACUCAAUUUCCUCAACUUCGAGACCCAUCGGAUCGACCUGUGCAUCAAUUUCAUCAGACAGCUCAAGGAGGAGCAUGAAAAGCGCAACAGUUCCAAGCGGGAUGAGCUAUGUGUCGUUGCGACCGGCGGUGGUGCCUAUAAAUACUACGACAGGCUGAAGGAUGAGCUCGGUGUUAACAUUCUACGCGAAGAGGAGAUGGAAUGCUUGAUCAUUGGUCUCGACUUCUUCAUCACCGAGAUUCCAAACGAAGUGUUCACCUAUAGCGAUGCCGACGCUGAGCCGAUGCAAUAUGCCGAGGCCCGGCCCGACGUGUACCCAUACCUCCUAGUCAACAUUGGCUCUGGUGUCUCCAUGAUCAAAGUAUCCGGCCCGAAACAAUUCGAACGUGUAGGAGGAACACAUCUCGGUGGAGGAACGUUCUGGGGUAUCAUGUCCUUGUUGACCGGCUCGCGAACCUUCGACGACAUGCUGGCCAUGGCCGACCGCGGAGACAACAGCGCAGUGGACAUGCUCGUCGGAGAUAUAUAUGGCAUGGAUUACAGCAAAAUCGGGUUGAAGAGCACAGCCAUUGCUAGUACCUUCGGCAAGGUGCUUCGCUUGAAGAACGAUGCCGAGCAAGGGGCCGAAGACGGCGAAGGAUUGAUCCACGGCGACCCGAAUGAGCCCAGCCAUGGACCCAAGCCCAAUCCGGAAGAUAUGAGUCGGAGUUUGCUUUACGCUAUCAGUAAUAAUAUUGGUCAGAUCGCAUAUCUGCAGUCGGAAAAGCACAGCGUGAAACACAUCUACUUCGGAGGCUCAUUCAUCCGAGGUCACCGACAGACCAUGAACACACUCUCAUAUGCCAUCCGCUUCUGGUCGAAGGGCGAAAAACAAGCCUACUUCCUGCGCCACGAGGGCUAUCUCGGCGCCGUUGGGGCUUUCAUCCAACGCCAGCCGCAGAACUGGGGUCGCAGAAACAGUGUCGACGACGUGGUUGCUCCGCAGGCGGUCCGCAACCUCGUUAAAAAUAACAAUGCGCUCAAUUCUCACAGCAGGUCGUCCAGUGAUUUAUGA